UGGCCGACAUUGUCGAACUGGAGCUAGGAUAAAAAAUUAUGUUUUAAUUAUUAGAUAUUAAUGAGAUUUUUGUUGUACAGAAGCACUUAUUGGAGGAGCCUAUUACAAAUUGUAUUGGAAAAUGUUAUUUUGGAAACUGUGACUUUUGUUUUUGGGGUAGUCAAGAUGAUGGAACGCAAAAUUAGACUUGCGUCUGUGAAUCCACACAUUACCUGUGACCUAUGCCGAGGUUAUCUGAUUGAUGCCACAACUAUUACAGAAUGUUUGCAUACAUUCUGCAAGAGCUGCAUUGUGAAGUUCUUGGAUGAGAACACGACAUGCCCACGAUGUGGUAUUGUUAUUCACCAGAGUUAUCCUCACAAUUACAUCAGCUUUGACCGAACAAUGCAAGAUAUUGUGUAUAAACUGGUUCCAAAUCUCCAAAAGAAAGAGUUGAAGAAACAGCAAGAUUUUUACAAGAAGCGAGGAAUACCAAUGCCAAAUGCCACUGCUACAGUUGGAUCACAUGACGAAGACAAAGCAAAAACACCUCCUCCAGAAGAAGAAACGGACCACCACCGUAGCGACGAACAAGUAAAUGUUUGUCUGGAGUGUCAGGGCAACCAUAUGAAGAACCUCAAGCGAAAGUUUAUACGCAUUUCCUCACAGGCCACCAUCAUGCAGCUAAAGAAGUUUAUAUCUCUGAAGGUCUACAAUUCUCCCAGUAGAUACAAAGAUGUGGAUAUAUUGUGCAAUGAAGAAAUACUGGGGAAGGAUCAUACGCUCAAGUUUGUAACGGUCACACGGUGGAGAUCAAAAGAGUCACCUCUUCUGCUACAUUACCGGCAGCGUGUGACGGAAUUAUGACUAUGUGAUGAAGAAGCCAGGUCUCAUAUAUAGAACUCUGGAGCACUAGACAAGAUGUUGGAUUGAGGACAAUCAUGAGAACAAUCUGCCAAGAUGAUGAAGUAACAUUUGAAUGCUUGUCACUCCAUGUGUGGAUGUUUUGAGAUAGCUUCUGAACACAGAGUAAUGUUUGGAUGAUCGUGACAACCAUCAAUGAUUUGAUAUAGCUUCUAAACAUGAUCAAAACCAUGAAAAUUGAAGAACAUGAAGUUAAAAGAUUUUAUGGUAGCCAUAAUUUAAAAUGUGCCGAGAUGUUCUUAAACAAAUAUUCCUGAACUUGUUAUCAUCAAUCAUCAGUUAGAAUUAUUUGGGGGGGGGGGGGGGGGGGGGCGGGCGGGCGCAACCACACUAUAUAUAAAUGUAUGAUUUUAUAAAAAUUAAUACAGUAAAAAAAGAAGAUAAAAAGGUUCUAUUGGGGGGCAAGGUCUGCCCCCCUCCCUAAGCCACUGCAUGUACCAACUGAUGUGUUCACCAAAAUAAACCCUAAAAAUCACAAAUGUUACCAAUAAUUAGAACUUAUGACAGGGUCAUAGAUGGCUGUUAAUACGUGUAAAAUUGCUCUCUACUUUUAUAAAGAUGAUGAAUUGUUUCAAGCUUUAUGCUUUGGUGGUGAAAACCGCACAGUGGCCCCUGUUCUUUCCAAAACCCUGCAAAGUUUUGUUUAAAAAAAAACCGCCCAAAAUUAUCUGUCAUAUUCAUCGCAAAACCCUAUGGUGGAAGUUGAAAGCAAUAUAACACAUUUUGUAAUCGAUCAUCAUCAACAGUGUUGUACAUAACGGUAUUUGCCAUGGCAAACAUACAGGUUGCCAUCAGACCAGGUUAGUUAUACUGAUGGAAAUAAAUAAAAGAACACACCAAUACUAACAAAAAGGAGCGACUGCAACCAAAACCCUUAUUCAUAGUGUUAAGAAGUUAAACUGUAAUUGACAUUCAAUCUCACAUUACUGACAUUCACUCCUAUAUCAUAUGUCUGUACUUUUAAACAGAUGUUACAAUGCUAAUGGUGAAUGCAAUUAGCCUACAAUGUGUACUUUAAACAGACUUUACAAUGCUAAUGGUGAACACACUUAGCGUACAAAAUGUACUUCAGACAGACAUUACAAUGCUGAUGGUGACUGAAAUUGGCCUACAAUACCAAGUGUUCCCUUAUUUCUAUCUAUCAGUAUGGUAUCAUAGCCACAUUACCUAGCCUACACUAGUUGACUUUCACUGUAGUUCAUUCAUGCCAUAUUACCAUAGUUUGACACCCAAUAGCUGAUGUAUUUUUCAUGCUGGGGUGUCGUUAAACAUUCACUCAUGCCAUAUUAUGUACUCAGCUUAAUCUACUACUUUUCAUGUGAUUUUUAAGUUUUAUUUUUUUUCCUCACCAUUUUCGUAACACUAAAUGAAAGCAACAAUUUGCAGGUUUUUUUUUUUUUCCUGCUUUGAAUGUGCCAAUGUUAAAUGUCUGUAUUUUCAGCAAAUAUAAACCAUGCGUUGUAAAUGAGUAUUUAUUUUAAUCUAGAUGUGAGAUUGUGUUGUUGGCUGGAAUUAUACCUGGUUUUCAUACUUGUUCAGCAUCACUAUAGUUAUUGGUAUUGAACAGUAACGAAGACAUUGUGAAUCAGUUUAUCCGUUGUGUGUUGAUGUUAAUACUCUAACCAUUUGUGGCUGUGAUGCAGUUCCCUUCAUAUAUAAUCACCCCGGCCUCCUUGAUUACUUUCACAUUAAAAAUCUGUAUAUUGUGA